AUGGGUGCUACGCCAUCAAUCCCGGAAUCGAUUGAUAUUGAUGAUAUUACAAAUAAUACAGGUCUCUCAAAAAAACAAAUCUCAUCCUUAUGGACACGUUUUUAUGAACUUGAUUGUGAUGCUCGAGGUGAUGCAAAAGGACAUAAAGGUUAUUUAGAUGUCGAUGAUUUCGGUCGUGUACCAAAAUUUGAUGAAAAUCCAAUAGCACCUCGAUUAAUAAAAGUUAUUUUCGAUGAUUUUGGUUCAGAUGGGAAAUUAUCAUUUCCACAAUUUGUUGCCUUUAUGAGUACAUUUGGUCAAUGUGAACGAGGUGGACACCACCAACAUCAUCAUAAUCAUAAUCACAAUCAUUCAAAAAAUCAUUCCAUGCAAACAACAGCAUUAAAUAAUAUUUCUUCAACAGGAACAAAAACGCCUCUUGAAAAUGUCCAAUAUUGCCCAGAUGAUACGCCAAAAACACGCAAAAUCAAAUUUAUGUUUCGUAUGUAUGAUAUUGAUCGUGAUGGACAUUUAUCAAAAGAAGAUAUACAAGAAACACUUAAAAUGAUGGUUGGUAAAAUUAGUGAUGAUGAAGCAUCAAUUAUAGCCGAAAAAGUUAUUGGUGAAUUUACUAAUGAACAAAUGAAUUCAAAAGUUUCACUUGAAGUAUUUGAAACAACACUUCAAACCCUUGAUUUUAAUGAUAAAAUGGGUUUAAAACUUUUAAAAUAA